AUGGGGAUAAAAACCAAAAACACAGAAGACAUUCAAAGAGGCACAAGACAGGCAGUCCAAGGAGGCACAGGGGGCAGACAGGCAGUCCAAGGGGGCACAGGGGGCAGACAGGCAGUCCAAGGGGGCACAGGGGGCAAGAAGGCAGUCCAAGGGGGCACAGGGAGCAAACAGGCAGUCCAAGGAGGCACAGGGGUCAGACAGGCAGUCCAAGGUGGCCACAAGAGGACUGGAUCAGGUGGCCUGGGAGCUGGCCACAGAGCAAAGACAGGUUCAGGAGGCCUGGGAGGCGGCCUCAGGACCACAGCCAUGGGGAACUCCGAGGGCAGAGCCGAGGUAGGCGGAGCCUUGGACUGCUCAGGAGGCCACGUCGUAGAAGGCUCCGGAGACGGAGCUGAGGGAGGUGGAGCCGAGGAAGGGUCGGGUGGCUGUGGAGGCAGGGACCUGGAAGGUUCUGGAGGCGGAGUCGUAGGAGGCUCUGGAGGCGGAGCCGAAGGAGGUGGCAGCGUAGGAGGUUCUGGAGGCGGAGACCUGGAAGGCUCUGGAGGCGGAGCCGUAGGAGGCUCUGGAGGCGGAGCCGAGGGAGGCUCUGGAGGCGGAGCCGAGGGAGGUGGCGCCGUAGGAGGCUCUAGAUGCGGAGACCUGGAAGGCUCUGGAGGUGGCGCCAUAGGAGGCUCUAGAGGCGGAGACCUGGAAGGCUCUGGAGGCAGAGCCGAGGGAGGUAGCGCCGUAGGAGGCUCUAGAGGCGAAGACCUGGAAGGCUCUGGAGGUGGAGCCGAGGGAGGUAGCGCCGUAGGAGGCUCUAGAGGCGAAGACCUGCAAGGCUCUGGAGGUGGCGCCGUAGGAGGCUCUAGAGGCAGAGACCUGGAAGGCUCUGGAGGCGGAGCCGAGGGAGGUAGCACCGUAGGAGGCUCUAGAGGCGGAGCUGAGGGAGGUGGCGCCGUAGGAGGCUCUAGAGGCGAAGACCUGGAAGGCUCUGGAGGCGGAGCCGAGGGAGGUGGCACCGUAGGAGGCUCUAGAGGCAGAGCUGAGGGAGGUGGCGCCGUAGGAGGCUCUAGAGGCGAAGGAGGUGGCACCGUAGGAGGCUCUAGAGGCAGAGCUGAGGGAGGUGGCGCCGUAGGAGGCUCUAGAAGCGAAGACCUGGAAGGCUCUGGCGGCGGAUCCGAGGGAGGUGGCGCCGUAGGAGGCUCUAGAAGCGAAGACCUGGAAGGCUCUGGAGGCUCAUGA